ACGCUUAAUACGUUAAUAGCGGGUAUUAUAAGGAUUAGUUUUAGCCUAGGUAAGGAAAUCGUCGCCCUAGGUAUAAUAGAAGUAGAGACGUACUUUAGAACGAUAACUUUUUAUAUUUUACCUAUUAAUACCCCAUUUCUCCUAUAUCUAAAAAACAUAGAUCGACUAGGUAUUAUAUUUAAUAAUACGAGGAAUAGAAUCUCUAGCGGUAAGUACUUCGAGGUAGUCGAACGACGAUAG